AUGUAUGAAGAUGCGUCCAACUCUGCCACCCGGCUGACGGAAGAGCUUGGAAAUGCUAAAGAACAGAUUCGUCUAUUGAAGGAUCAGUUGACAGAGGGACUAAAUGCUCAACGGAAUCUCCAUAUGUCGGAAGUGAAACAAUGGAAGCAGGAGGCUGAGCGAGCAAAACAACAGUUAUUAUUUUUGGAAUUGCGCGAGCAACAAGUAAACGAUGAUAUUCGACGCAAAGCAGCCGAGUGGGAUAAGCAUGUGGAGCAGGAUCGGAGAGACACCGAAUUUAGGGAGAAGCGGUGGAAAGAAUGGGAUCAACGCAAACAGCGAGAAGGUUUGGUAUUCGAGUCUGUGUCCACGAACCCAACAGCUCAAGAUUCGCUUUCCGAAGAGCUGGCAGAACUUGCUGCCGAGGCCAACGAGGCCUCUAACACCGAACAGCCUGUCGCAGCUAAUGAUCAACCACGAAGUUCUCGUCGAAGAGCGGCGGCGACAGCGGAUGCAACGUCUCAGGAUAUUUUGGGGAAACAAAUCAACCAGCACCACGUACGCUCUGCAGAGAAGCGUACCUAUGAAACACAAACCGAUUCUAUACAGACAGCUAACCCUCAAGUCGUCUCGCCCUCUGUAUUUAAGGGUUACAUCGAUGUGGAGGGCGUUGACGUGGGCGCAGUUCAACCCACGUGUGAACGCCGAAUCCAGCACAUGCGGACGCCCCGGAUUUCUGUAGACGGUAGUUCGAAUUUGGCCAUGAGCUCGGAGACACCCGACUCGGCAGGGUCUGCUCCUAAUGGGCGACACAGCCCUGUUAAAAUGAAUCCCCCGACUUUGGAGAAGAUUGCGUCACGUUUCAAUAUGCCCACGUCCCAGAGGAACGAACAUGCCGCCAUCUCUGCUGAGUCGGCCGGCAAGUCUGAUACGAAUUCGCAUAUCAAGAUAAGUCCCAUGCCGAGUCUGAGCGAUAUUCGUGCUCGCCUCAACCAGCGGGGUGUAGACGUGACGUCGUCAAAAUGGAGCCUAAAGUCGACUGACAAGACCCCAGAGACGGCAGCACCUAAAGAAUCAAUGGGCAAAGAUGAAGCUUCUGUUAAGACGGUAGCAGAGGAUGUGAUUCAGAAGCCCAACAAAGAUCCAAAUCCGGCUACCGAGCCUACGAAUACGUUGGAACCAAACAAGCCAGCUCAGGAAACGGAAGCCCGGCCAACCGAAAAGACAACGCUUGCAGACUCGAAUCCCAUGAGUGAGGCAGAUCUUAAAGAUUCAUUAGAACAUACCCCAGUCCGACACCAUGGAAAUUCCAGCAAGGAUCAAUAUGAAGCGACGCUUAGUCGCUUGGAAAAAAAUGCCAACUAUCACCUCUUCAAGCAGGGUAUCAAGCCAAUGUGGGAAGAUCCGGCGAAUGCUAACGGCGGGCGCUGGGUCAUUACACUGCGUGAUCGUGGCCAAUCUGCUGGCAGUCAUGCCGCGCACGAAGCCCUAGUGGAUCGUACUUGGAUGUGGCUUGUUCUGGCUCUUAUUGGCGAUACACUGGAUGAUAACGACUUGGUAACAGGUGCUGUGUGCUCCCUGCGUGGGAAAGGGGAUCGCAUUACUAUCUGGACUCGGCGCAAGGAACCCGUCGAUGAGCUGAAUCAGUUGGCUACCCACCUAUUGAAAUUACUUGAGCUAAAAGACCAGCCCGGCAUACAAGUUGAAUUUGGUGUCAAUUCUGGCUCCAAAGAGUCAGGCUAUCUCAAGCAGCAUUUCGCAGGGAAGCAGCCUGAAAGUGUUGAUGGCGUAGCUCCUCCUCAUGAACCCGCUCUGGAAUCCUGGCUGGAAAGCGACUACACUUUGCACCCUAACGAUCACAUGCGAUACAUGGCACACCGGAAAUCCAAAAAUGAUGAAAAGGAAGUAGUCUAA